UUUCCAGCAGGCCGCAAUCUUUGCGUGAGUUUGACAGUUUGUUGUCAUCGGUCCCAUCAAAGUUGCGGUUCUUGUUUCUUCGAAAAUUGUUUGUCAUUUUUGCUGAAGAAAUUCUGUUAGUUUACCGACUUUGUUCGUUUAAAUUGUAUUAAAAGAUGUUCCUCACCAGAUCCGAAUAUGACCGUGGUGUCAACACCUUCUCGCCAGAGGGCCGACUCUUCCAAGUAGAAUACGCCAUCGAAGCCAUAAAGCUCGGAUCUACGGCCAUCGGGAUUUGCACUCAGGAAGGUGUUGUCAUGGCCGUCGAGAAGCGUAUCACGUCGCCACUGAUGGAACCAACCAAAGUGGAGAAGAUCGUAGAAGUUGAUCGGCACAUUGGCUGCGCCACAUCCGGAUUAAUGGCCGAUUCUCGCACGCUGUUGGACAGGGCAAGGGUGGAGUGCCAAAAUCAUUGGUUCGUUUACGACGAACGUAUGUCCGUUGAGUCGUGUGCGCAAGCCGUUUCCAGUUUGGCAAUCCAAUUUGGGGACAGUGACGAUACCGGAUCGGCCAUGAGUCGUCCUUUCGGUGUGGCGAUUUUGUUUGCCGGAAUUGAAAACGGCGAACCUCAGCUGUGGCACAUGGAUCCCUCGGGAACGUACAUUCGAUAUGAUGCCAAGGCAAUCGGAUCUGGUAGCGAAGGCGCACAGCAGAAUCUACAAGAAUACUACCUUCAAACGAUGACCAUCAAAGAGGCGAUAAAUUUAGCCCUCAGCACCCUGAAGCAAGUUAUGGAGGAGAAACUUAAUUCCACCAACGUAGAAGUAAUGACAAUGACCCCCGGUGGCCUUUUCCGGAUGUUCACCAAGGAAGAAGUCGAGGAGUAUAUCAAUAAUAUGAGCUAAAUGCACCGAUAUGAUGAUUGGAUAAUCGUGGCGAGGGAUAAAUUUUGAGAAAAAAAAAAUGUUAAUUUACGUAAUGGGGGGAUAUGAACAAUAAAUUCUCGAAACCUUAUUCAAACAGA